AUGGCGUUCUUGAGUGCGUUCAAGCGAAGGCGCCAGGCCGGAGAGACGGAGGAAUCCACCGUGACGGUCGCGGAAGAUCAUGUCGAGAUGCCCUCUCCCUCGAAGGAUAAACUGGACGGUACCAUUAUGGAUGAGGAAACGAUAAAGGCUCAGGGCGAGACCGCGGCUAUCGAGCAAGAAAGUCACGACAACCCCGAAAUCGCCGCGCUGCCCUUGCAAGUGCGCCAACUGAUCAACUUGACGGACGACCCGACCCUACCGACCAUCACCUUCCGGUACUUUGUGUUGGCCGCUCUCUUUGUUAUUCCCGGCGCUUUUCUAUCCCAGAUGAGCUAUUUCCGAACCACAAAAGCUCCAUACUCUGUCUUCUUUGUUCAGAUCGCCUGUCACUAUGCUGGUCACUUCUUGGCUAGAACCUUGCCCGCGUGGAAUAUUCGAGUGCCCGGAACGAGCUGGGGAUUCAGCUUGAACCCGGGACCCUGGAGCAUCAAGGAACAUGUGUUAGUUACUGUGACAGCGGCUUCUGGUGCGACUUAUAACCUAGGAUACGCUCCUAUUGUACUUGCAGAGCUUUGGUAUGGAGAGCGGAUUAACCCUGCUGUGGCUAUCUUCUUCAUGCUUUCCAUUGUGUGGAUCGGAUACGCUUUUGCGGCCCUGGCACGAAAUAUUCUCCUGCCGGAUCCUGAGUAUAUUUGGCCCCAGGCUCUGAUGCAGACCACACUUUUCGAAACGUUCCGCAAGACAGAUGCCUCCUCACGCCUUGCAAGACGCCAAAUGAAGGUCUUCUUCUUUGCUCUGUUGGGAAUGACGCUAUGGCAAUUCCUUCCAGAGUAUGCAUUCCCGUUUACCUCCUCGCUGGCCUUUCUGUGUUGGGUUGCGCCGCGGAACCCUGUGGCCAACUUUAUUGGGUCUGGAUUGGGAGGCAUGGGCUUCCUCAACCUUUCCCUGGAUUGGUCAAACAUCAACUGGAACGGAUCUUCCAUCAUGUUGACCCCCUGGUGGACUCAAGUUCUCCUGUUCCUGGCCUUUGCCUUCAACUGUUGGGUUCUCAUUCCUGCUGCGAAGUGGGGAAAUAUGGGCUCUUUCAAGCAUGGCAUCAUGUCCAAUAGCUUGAUGUUGGCCAAUGGUACCACUUAUCCAACUGCAAAGGUGCUCACGCCCGACUAUCACCUCAACCAGACUGCGUACGAGCACUACGGACCUAUGUACAUGGGUGUGCAGAACGUGUGGGCGACCUUCUUCGAUUACGCCAAGCUUCCAGCUGCGAUUACCUGGAUUGCGACGUUUGGCUUCUCACAAGUCAGCUCGAAUCUGAAGAAGAUCCUUGAAACCCGCAGGACAGCCAAGGCGGCCAAGGCUGCUGGAAACCAGAGUGAAGGUCAGGGUAUUCACCACGCAUAUCAUGAUCGCCUGAAUGUGAUUCAGAGACAAUACAAGGAGAUCCCAUUGUGGUGGUACUUUGUUCUGUUCCUGGCCGGAUUUAUUAUCCUGAUCACUUGUAUCGCGUGCGGAUACCUCUUCAUUCCUAUCUGGACCUUGUUCGUGGCCCUGUCUAGUGCGGCCGUCUUCGUCAUCCCCUUCGCCUGGCUGUACGCGAUCUCGAACUACCAGCUCGAGACCGGCUCAUUCAAUGAGCUGAUGUAUGGCUACAUGGUGCACACCAAAGCAGGCUCGGGCCACCAGCACCCAUGCGGCCCCUCCGUAUACGGAUCCAUCGCCGGAGAUGCCUGGUAUCGCGCGCAGUAUAUGUUGCAGGACCAGAAGAUCGGGCACUACAUGCAUAUCCCACCACGAGAGAUCUUUUUCUCCCAGAUCUUUGGUGUCUGCAUGGGUGUUCCUAUCAACUACGCCGUCAUUCGGUGGAUCAUGGAUACCAAGGGUGACUACAUCACCGGCAAGAAAACAGAUCCUCUCAACCAGUGGACCGGCCAGAGUCUUCGCAAUUCGAACACGAUGGGUGUCCAGUACGCUAUCCUAGGACCGAAGCGACUCUUCGCUGAAGCCGAGAUGGCGCCGCUGCCAUGGUCGUUCCUCGUGGGAGCCGUCAUCCCGCCCAUCCUCUACAUCUUCCACCGAUUUUUCCCGCGGCUGCGCAUUGAUCUGUGGAACGUCAGUAUUUUCUUCGGAGGUCUGGCGAUGUUCUACGGAAAUGUCAGCACUGGCUAUACGUCGGCUAUCAUCGGCGGGUAUGUUGUGAUGUACUGGGCGUACCGAAAACACUUUGAGGUGUGGAAGCGCUAUAAUUAUCUGGUUGCGGCGGCAUUUGAUGCUGGAUUCAACUUGAACAUGUUGCUCAUCUUUUUCUUCUUUGGUGCUGGCAAGCAGAUCUCGAUGCCGAAUUGGUGGGGGAAUAGAAGCGAGUCGGUUGAACGGUGUUUUGCACUGGAGAGCUGGUGA